AUGAAACUGGCAGCGAUGAUCAAGAAGAUGUGUCCCAGCGAGGCCGAGCUGAGCAUCCCCGCCAAGAACUGCUACCGCAUGGUCAUCCUGGGCUCCUCCAAGGUGGGCAAGACGGCCAUCGUCUCACGCUUCCUCACCGGCCGCUUCGAGGAGCAGUACACACCGACCAUCGAGGACUUCCACCGCAAGUUCUACAGCAUCCGUGGGGAGGUCUACCAGCUCGACAUCCUGGACACGUCGGGCAACCACCCCUUCCCAGCUAUGCGCCGGCUCUCCAUCCUCACAGGAGAUGUCUUCAUCCUCGUUUUCAGUCUGGACAAUCGAGACUCCUUUGAGGAGGUGCAGCGCCUGAAGCAGCAAAUCCUGGAGACCAAGUCAUGCCUGAAGAACAAAACCAAGGAGAACAUAGAGGUGCCCCUGGUCAUCUGUGGCAACAAGGGGGACCGGGACUUUUACCGGGAGGUAGAACCCCGGGAGAUCGAGCAGCUGGUGGGAGGGGACCCCAAAAAAUGUGCCUACUUUGAGAUCUCAGCCAAGAAGAACAGCAGCUUGGACCAGAUGUUCCAGGCCCUCUUCGCCAUGGCCAAGCUGCCCAGCGAGAUGAGCCCUGACCUGCACCGCAAGGUCUCGGUCCAGUACUGCGACAUCCUGCACAAGAAGGCACUGAAGGGCAAAAAGCUGCUGAAAGAAGGGGGCCGGGGCAGCAGCGAGGAGGCGUACGGCAUCGUGGCCCCCUUUGCCCGGCGACCCAGUGUCCACAGCGACCUCAUGUACAUCCGGGAGAAAGCCAUCGGCGGGGGGCACAGCAAGGAGAAGGACCGCUGCGUGAUCAGCUAG